CCUAGCCCUACCUCUCUCUCUCUCUCGCUCUGUCGCGCCUCGCCCUCGCCGUCGGCGGCUCGCCCUCGCUGUCGCCUCUCGCUGCUCCGUCGCCGGUCGCUCGCUGCCUCUCUCUCCUCUUGCUGCUCCGUCGCCCUUCACCCUCUCGCUCUCACGGUCUCACCGUCGCUCUUUCGCCUCUCGCUGCUCGGUCGGCGGUCGCUCGUCCUCUCCGGCUCGCCUCGCCCUCGUGGCCGGUGGGCGGUGGCUCGCUGCCUCUUGCUCCGUCGCUCGCUGUCGCUGGUGGCUCGCUGCCUCUCGAUUCGGGGGUCCAUUUUUACAUUUCGCCUCAGGGCCCCAAAAUCUCAGGCACGACACUGCCUUCUACAAACCCUUCCCCUCACCCUUGCCCUCCCUCGCCCUAGCCCUAGCCCUAGCCCUCACCCUCACCCUGACCCUCACCCUUGCCUUCGCUCUCGCUCUCGCUCGCUGCCUCACCCUCGCCCUCGCCUCUCGGUCGGUAGCUGGGGAGGUCGCAUCUGUGGCUACUGGAUCUGGCUUUCUAACUCUUGCUCUCGCUGGGUGCGUGUGUCGCUCGCCUCUCUCCAUUGCCAUUGGGACACUUUGGUUCAAUCUUUGGCGUUGUGUUCUGUUCGGGUUCAAAUUCAAUACCAGCGACAAAAAAAAAAUUUGGUUCAAUCUUUGGUGUUGUGUUCUUGUUCUUGGCAGGCAGGCAGGCAGUGGCCACUGGCCACUGGCCACUGGCCAGUGGGCAUCCCUUCAUACUCUAGAGACCAAGAGACUAGAGGAAAAAUCAUGCCUCCUAAAACUCAAGGUGGUGCUAGCCAGAUGUGUGGACGUGGCUGUGGGAGAGGAAUGGAGGUGAUAUUCAAAGACAUUAGGCGAUACUACUGCGAAUACUGUGGCAUCUCUCGCUCCAAGAAGUCUCUCCUGACAUCUCACCUUCUCUCUCACCAUCAGGAGGAAAUGAAAGAGACAGGCAAUAGUUCUGAAAAUUUUGUGGAAGAGGAGAGGGUGGCGAAGUCCAAUACAUGUGAAGAAUGUGGCGCAAGUUUCUGCAAACCUGCUCAUUUAAGGCAGCACAUGCUAAGCCAUUCCCUUGAUAGGCCAUUCACUUGUCCAAUCAAUGACUGCCAUUCUAGCUACAGAAGAAAAGACCAUUUGACACGCCACCUUCUUCAGCAUGAAGGCAAACUUUUUGAAUGCCCUGUUGAGAAUUGCAGCCGUAAAUUUUCCUUUCAAGGGAAUGUGAAGAGGCAUGUUGAGGAAUUUCAUUGUAAGUCAUCACCACCUGGCGUUGGCACUGGUAAGAACCAGUAUGUCUGCCAAGAAAUGGGAUGUGGAAAAGUGUUCAAAUAUCCAUCAAAGUUGCUAAAGCAUGAAGCUACUCAUGUUACUUUGGAUACGGUGGAGGUUAUUUGUUCUGAGCCAGGCUGUAUGAAAUAUUUUACCAAUGAGCAAUGCCUUAAGGCCCAUGUGCAGUCCUGCCACGGGCAUAUUAUUUGCGAAAUAUGUGGAACCAAGCAACUAAAGAAAAACAUCAAGAGGCAUCUCCGCACGCAUGAAACUGGUGGUUCACCUGAGAGAAUUAAAUGCAAUUACCAGGAUUGCACCCACACAUUCUCGAAGAAAUCAAACCUCAAACAGCACGUGAAAGCCGUGCACCUUGCGCCCAGGCGUUUUACUUGUAGAAUCCCUGGCUGUGAUCUGAAAUUCUCGUACAAGCAUGUGAGAGAUAACCACGAGAAAUCUGGGUGCCAUGUCUAUUCACCUGGGGAUUUUGUGGAGUCUGACGAACAGUUCCGGUCAAGGCCGAGGGGCGGGUUGAAAAGGAAGUGUCCGGACAUAGAAACCCUAUCAAGGAAGAGAGUAGUUGGCCCGCCAAAUGAAUCAAAUUCAGUCGUGAAUCAGGUGCCAGAGUACCUCUCCUGGUUGCUCUCCGCUGAAGAUGACGAUGAUGACAACCAGCUCUGAAUUUUGACUGUCCGGUAAGGCUCUUGAGAAAGGAAGGAUUCGGUCAUGUGUUAAUUUCCAUGAGAUGUCAAUUGCAAUUGCAUGGAUUGGUUUUUAAACACUGAAUCUCCCGCGCGUUAUAUAUAUGUGUGUAUAUAAAUAGGUUUAUUAUAUUGCCACCUUUGCAAACCAGUAUUUUGUUGUUAUCUGCUCGUUCAAGUCGAGUGUAGUGUUUCUACGGUUCUUCUAUGUCUAUAGAUGAUUACAUACAUGGCUGUUGAAAUGAAUGGUGUAUGUUAUUGAAGAAGUGGAAAAUAAAAUAUUGUAAUGUUUGUGAUGAUGAAA